AUGGAAAAUUCACUCACAGAAAUCACUGGAAUGAUUAAUGGCCUGUCAAUAAAGGGAGGUGAUGUUGCGGAGUAUGAGUGUUUGCUUUCUCUGCUAAAUACUUUGGAAAUCUCCGACAUCAGACGGAUUCUGCGAAAGUGCGACUUCAUGAAACUAUUUGCCGCAAUGAAUCUGCAAGAAGGAAAAGUUAUGGAUGUUGCUUUGAAAUUGGCUAACAAACUAUUCUCCGGUGUGCCUUUAGUUGAGCUUAUUGCACAACAUGAGCCAGAAGUAAUGCAAGCAUUGGAGGCAGAGAAUCCCGAACUCACUAUGUUCGUUCUGGAAAAACUAAAAGCCGGUAUUUCGGGGACUUCAACCGCAGACUUCCUCACGGAGAACGUCCUGAGUGUGAUUAUUCGUCUGGCUGUGCAUGAUGAUUUGCGCAUCGCCAAAUCAAGUGUUUCUUUCUUGUCAGAUAUAGCCACUGAAAUCCCAGGCGGCAUCCACAAAGUAUUCGGUGCUUCAUCAGUGGCACGCUUUGUUGCUGCUUGUAAUAGAUCGGAGUAUGCACUUCGCAUAUCUGAGCUGGCCGCAGAUGUUUCUGUGAAGGUCCCAAAGCAUUUCGAGGUAAUACGAAAGUCUGGAGUGCUGGACAUCCUUCUUACUGGAUUGCUUGAGCGAGAUCCUCUCAUCGUCUUAAAUUUUAUCGAAGUUACAAAAAAGAUCCUCGUCCUCCCGGACGGUUAUGACUGGAUUCCCUCAGCGUUAUUAAAUGGAAUGCUGUCACGUUUAGCGGGAUGGAAAAAUGAUCCAACGGGACGCCUUAUUUUACCUGGCUUUUUUGCUUUUUUUGGAUGUGUGGCAAGUCUAAAUCCUCUUGAAUGGUUGGCCGAGAGCGAGUUGAAGAAAGAAAAUUCGUUUUUACGAACACUGAAAGACGCUGUUGAGGACAGUGACCCUAGUGUUGUCCUAGCUGCUGCUGAACCGAUUUGUUCAGUUUGUCACAAGAAGCAGGGGAGAAGAGAACUGAAAAAGCACUUAAUCCCUUCAGGUGCUCUGUUUCCGCUUAUUGUCAGGCUGGGUCACUUUCUGAGGGAGUCACCUACGACAGUCAUUCUGCCGGCUGUUGCAUAUGUGAGUCAGCUCAUUCGACAGCCAGAUGAUAUCACCAACGCUUUGGAGGGUAUAGAGCAAACUCGCAUUGCUUUGGAAUGGACUGCCUACGUGGCUCGAAUGGGUGAAGUUCCGAGUGACAGGACACUGGAUAUAGGUGAACAGCUGCUAUCUGUAGGAAAACUACUCAAGCGAUUGAUGACAUUAGCCGCGAAUCCAUUCAUAGACGUACGCUUGGCAGCUCUGCAAGCACUGGGCUCUAUGUCUUCACAGCCUUGGGGAGUACGCGUUUUCGUCGAUCAACCAGGUUUCAUGAAGUAUCUACUGGACCGGAAGACAGAAGCCGGGCUCGCUAAAACAGCAGUGUUGAUGCAGAUGAAAUACGAAAUCGUCCAAGGAAUUUUGUGCACAAUGGAACAAUACACUGGAUAUGACACUACGGACUUCUCGGUGCUUUUGAGUCCGGAGCAGAUGUUGUGCCUGAAGCUGUACAUAAAAGAAGGCAUCUGGGGAAUUCAGUCGUCCGAUGCUGCUGUGGCUAUGGAGCCUGGUUAA